AUUUAACCUACCAACACCCACACUGCUAGUGCAAAGUAGAAACACGCUUGAAAACGAACGUGUUACGUGUUUCAUUACUAGGAAAUAUGAUUUUUAAAACAUCAGCAGCACGAUCUCUUGUCUUUCGUGUAAAACACGCCGGAGUUCAAGGGAGUGUUCGCACUCCCGUAUAUAUGGCGUUGAGCCGACGCUUUUAUGCUUCCAGCCCAUCUAAUAACGGUGAAUACGACUUGUGUGUUAUUGGAAGUGGUCCGGGUGGUUACGUUGCUGCCAUCCGUGGAUCUCAACUCGGUUUGAAGACCGUCUGUAUUGAAAAGCGUGGCUCUUUGGGCGGUACUUGCUUGAAUGUUGGAUGUAUCCCCUCGAAAGCUAUGUUAAACAACUCUCAUAUCUACCAUACCAUUACUCACGAUACGAAGCACCGUGGUAUUGAAGUUUCCGGUGCUAAAGUCAAUCUUGCUCAAAUGAUGAAGGCCAAGGAUGAUUCAGUGAAGUCCCUUACCUCAGGUAUCGAAUUUUUAUUCAAGAAAAACAAGGUUGACUACGCAAAGGGUGUUGGUUCUUUUGAAGACCCCAAUACAGUUUCAGUAAAAGGUAUCCAAGGCGCUCCUGAUCGCACUAUCAAAGCUAAAAACUUCAUUAUCGCUACCGGUAGUGAAGUGAAGUCUUUUCCAGGUGUAACAAUUGAUGAAAAGAAGAUUGUUUCCUCUACCGGAGCCUUGGCUUUGCCUGAAGUCCCCAAGAAAAUGGCUGUUUUGGGUGGUGGUAUCAUCGGUUUAGAAAUGGGAAGUGUUUGGUCUCGAUUGGGAGCCGACGUUACUGUCAUUGAAUUCAUGCCUUCUGUUGGUGGUGUUAUGGAUACCGACAUCUCGAAGGCAUUCUCUCGUAUCAUUGGCAAGCAAGGUAUCAAGUUCAAGACUUCCACCAAGCUGCUGAGUGCCAAAGACAACGGUAAGUCCGUGGAAAUGGAAAUUGAAGACAUGAAGAAGAACAAGCGUGAGAAAUUGGAUGCAGACGUUUUAUUGGUUGCUAUUGGCCGUGCCCCCUACACCGAAGGCCUUGGUUUAGAGAAGAUUGGUGUUGAGAUGGACAAGGCCAACCGUGUCAUCAUGGACAGCGAGUAUCGCACCAAGCACCCUCAUAUCCGUGUCAUUGGUGAUGCCACUUUUGGUCCCAUGUUGGCCCACAAGGCCGAAGAUGAAGGUAUCGCCGCCGUGGAAUUCAUUGCUAAGGGUCAAGGACAUGUCAACUACAACGCCAUUCCAGCCGUAAUGUAUACCCAUCCCGAGGUUGCCUGGGUUGGUAUGACUGAACAACAAGCCAAAGAAUCCGGUUUGAAAUACAAGGUCGGUACCUUCCCCUUCAUGGCCAACUCUCGUGCCAAGACAAACAUGGAUGCUGAAGGUUUAGUCAAGGUUAUUGCUGACGCUGAGACUGAUCGUCUUUUGGGUUGCCAUAUUAUCGGCCCAAUGGCUGGUGAACUCAUUGGUGAAGCAACCCUUGCCAUCGAAUAUGGUGCUAGUGCUGAAGAUGUUGCUCGUGUUUGCCAUGCCCAUCCUACCUUGUCCGAAGCUGUGAAGGAAGGCAUGAUGGCUGCUUGGAGUGGUAAGAGUAUUCAUUUUUAAACGACUCUCCAAUUAGCGUUUAUGAAAAGAAGUUUCUUUGGAAUCGAACUACUAAAAAAAGGUUCCAUCAGGCUCUUCUACGAUGACUUUUUUUCAAUAUUUUAGGUUUAAUUUCGUUAUAUCUUCAAUGAUUUUCUUGAAUACGAAUUAUUUUAGUCUCUCUCCACUUUUUAAAUACAGCAGUUUAUGUCUAAAUUCUUUAUAUACUUCUCGACACUUAAUUGUGAGGGUCAUUAGUACUCGUUUUUCUUUCAUUUUC